AUGGCUCGAAAAUUGGGCUGUGACAAGGCUAAAGUUUAUGCUUUGACUCAACAAGAUGCGCAGGCAUCUAAUGCAGUUGUUAUAGAUAUACUACCCAUUUGUUUUAUUGAUUCACAUGUAUUGAAUGACCCUGAUGUUACACAUUCUUUUGUAUCUACAUACUUUGCAUCUAGACUAGGGUAUUUGAAGAGUCAGGAUGCACAUGAGCAGCACUUAAAGAUUGUGCUACAAAUGUUAAGGGAGCACCAGCUAUAUGCCAAGUUCUCCAAGUGUGAGUUUUGGCUUGAUAGUGUUAGCUUCUUAGGCCACAUAGUAUCUAAGAAUGGGAUGAUGGUGGACCCAAAGAAGAUUGAGGUAGUCAAGAAAUGGCCAAGGCCUAUUUCAAUGAUUGAGAUACAUAGUUUUCUAGAGCUGAUUGGAUACUAUAAGAGAUUUGUUAAUGAUUUCUCUAAGAUUGCUACUUCUAUGACCAAGUUGACACAAAAAGGUGUUAAGUUUACAUGGACAAAUGCAUGA